UCGAAUUUCGAGCUUCGCUUUCCGCGGACGCGCGUCCCGGCCAGCGCUUCGUAAUUUAAAAAUAAAACAUUUUUUUUUAAUCUGCAUUCCAGCAACUUGUAUCCAGCCAGUGUUUUUAUAUACAAACUUUUUAUAGCAAAAUGCCGUUUUUAGUGUAAAAGUUGCGAAAAUAAAGUGAAAAUAGCCCAGUGUUAAUAAAUAAUGUUUAAAAAUAGUGUGUACGGUUUACGUGGAUCGUGUGCAGGAAAGCUCGCUGUAUUUCGGUGACAUAUUGUCGCGACCUCGAGUUUCGUGACAAUCGUUUUCGCGGUAUUUUUUUGAACGAGUGUUUUUUUUUCUUUUUUUUCUGUAAUCUAUGUGAUGAAAAGUGCGAGUUGGAUAUUGGAUUGCACGUUUAGCUUUAUGAGGUGAAAAUGACGGAGCAACCACAAGCAACCGGCGCGACGACACCGGACGUCGACGCGCCGGACACGGGGCAGGCGGCCACGCAACCACAGCCCAAGAAACUAGCCCGGCCACGCGGGAAGGCGCAACCAGAGAAACCGAAGAGGAGUCUCUUUUGUUUAAACUUAAAGAACCCAAUAAGGAAGCUGUGCUAUGAUAUUGUUGAGUGGAAACCUUUCGAGUACAUGAUCUUGACGACGAUCUUUGCCAACUGCAUCGCGUUGGCUGUCUUCACGCCAUAUCCUGUCGGAGACACCAAUGAGACAAACCAAGUAUUGGAGAAAGUGGAGUGGAUAUUCAUGGCUAUAUUCACGGCGGAGUGCGUGAUGAAGAUCGUCGCGUAUGGGUUCCUCUUCCACCCGGGUGCCUACCUUAGGAAUACCUGGAACAGCCUUGACUUCACCAUCGUCACUAUUGGAAUAGCAAGUCAGAUUCUGCAGCUCAUAUCGAAAGAUCUCUUCGACGUCAAAGCCUUAAGAGCCUUCAGGGUACUGCGGCCUUUGAGACUGGUUUCUGGAGUGCCAAGUCUUCAAAUCGUGUUGAACUCCAUCCUCAAGGCGAUGGUACCACUGUUCCACAUCGCGUUUCUGGUACUGUUCGUGAUCAUCAUCUACGCCAUCAUUGGCCUGGAGCUGUUCUCUGGGCUUCUUCACAAGACUUGCUUUAUAAAUGGAACCGACACAAUGGCGGAUGACGCGGGUCCGUGCUCUAGUGAGAAGGACGUUGGCAAGAACUGUGACGAUGGCUUCAUUUGCAAGGAAGGGUGGAAGGGGCCUAACUUUGGCAUCACCAACUUUGACAACAUUGGAUACUCCAUGCUCACUGUCUUCCAAUGCAUCACCUUGGAAGGCUGGACUGAUAUUAUGUACGCUAUUGCAGAUGUAAAGGGAAACACCUGGGUGUGGAUAUACUUCAUCUCGUUGGUCAUCUUUGGCAACUUUUUCGUGAUGAAUCUUAUUCUUGGUGUGUUAUCAGGAGAGUUCUCUAAAGAAAGAGAGAAAGCGAAGAAUAGAGGAGAUUUCCAGAAGUCAAGAGAGAGACAGCAGUUUGAAGAGGAUCUCAAAGGUUACUUGAACUGGAUCACCGUGGCUGAGGAGUUGGACCUUGAGAACGAUCAAGGGCAGAAAGAGGAAGACCAGGAUUCUCAAGGCAACAAAAAGGAACGCAGAAGUAACGAUGGCUCUCAAAGUAACAUGAAUGGCAAUGGAGACCCACCGCCCAAUACAACUUGCAAGAUGUACUGUCGGAGAUUUGACAAAGUAAAUCGUCGCAUGCGCAGGGCUUGCAGGAAAGCGGUCAAGUCACAGACCUUCUAUUGGGCCAUCAUUGUUCUCGUUUUUCUGAAUACUUUAGUUUUGGCGACGGAACAUCACGGACAACACGAAUGGCUUGAAGUGUUCCAGAACUACGCCAACUAUCUAUUUGUGGUUCUCUUCACGAUGGAAAUGUUGGUGAAGAUGUACGCACUGGGAUUCCAAGGUUACUUUGUCUCCUUAUUCAAUCGAUUUGACUGCUUCGUGAUGUUCUGCUCGAUCGUGGAGCUGGCUCUCACCUGUUUCGGCACCAUCCCACAGCUGGGCAUCUCCGUGCUUCGGUGCGUACGGCUCUUGAGAGUCUUCAAGGUUACCAAGUACUGGCGCUCACUCUCUAACCUGGUGACGUCUCUUCUCAACUCCAUCCAGUCCAUCUUCUCUCUUCUUCUCCUGCUAUUUCUCUUCAUCGUGAUUUUCGCGCUGCUGGGCAUGCAGGUGUUUGGAGGGAGAUUCGAUUACGACCCCGUGGAGCAGAAAGAGAGGCACAACUUUGACUCCUUCUGGCAGGCCGUGCUUACUAUGUUCCAGAUCCUGACGGGCGAGGACUGGAACGUGGUCAUGUACCAUGGCAUCAACGCGUACGGCGGCGCGGGCUCGCCCGGCAUGCUCGCCUCCAUCUACUUCAUCGUUAUCUUCAUCUGCGGCAACUAUAUUCUUCUAAAUGUGUUCUUGGCUAUCGCUGUGGACAAUUUAGGAGAUGCGGAGGAAAUGGACGCACAAGAAAUCGUUAAAGAAAAGGAGGGAGCUGAUAACCCUGAAGCAGGAAACCCUCAGUUGGAUGAAGAGAUAGGAGAAACUGAUGAUGAAUAUGUCAACGAGGAAGAAGGAUAUUCUAGUGAAGGCCAGAAGUAUAAGGCUUAUAAAAGAGUGGCAAGAUCUGAUAACGAGUACGAGGAAACAGGCUCUGAAGAGGAAGUGGAACAGCAGGAUGAGGAGGAUAACGCUAAUAACGCACUGGUUACUAUUGAGAAGAAAGAAAAUGGUGAUAUUAAAAAAGAUGAUUCCCUAACAGCCAAGGUGUCCGCUCGACCGCGAAGGUUGUCAGAAAUAGAGAUCAAAUCUGAUGAGAAGCCUAUACCAGACGGAAGCAGCUUUUUCAUAUUUUCCAAAACUAACUGGUUCCGUGUAACUUGUUACAAAACCCAAAACCAUUCCUGGUUCAGGAACAUGAUCCUGCUGUGUAUCCUGGCUUCAUCUAUCAUGCUGGCCAUGGAGGACCCAGUUGGAAGGAAGGAGAGUGAAGACAUGACUGAGGUCCUCCGCAAGAUCGAUUACUUCUUCACAGCAGUGUUCACUCUGGAACUGCUGUUGAAGCUUGUGACAUACGGUUUUGUCCUCCACAAAGACGCCUUCUGCAGAUCUGCAUUUAACCUGCUCGACUUGUUGGUCGUCAUUGUUUCCCUGGUCUCUGUUAGUGGAUCAAAGAAUGUAUCAUCCAUCAAAAUUUUAAGAGUAUUUCGAGUACUCAGGCCUCUCAGAGCUAUCAACAGAGCCAAAGGAUUGAAGCACGUAGUUCAGUGCGUGAUCGUUGCAAUUAAGACUAUAGGCAACAUUUUGCUGGUGACAAAUCUUCUGCAAUUCAUGUUCGCUGUAAUGGGGGUGCAAAUGUUCAAGUACGUUGUGAAGUGUGUUUUUGCUUCUAUUAAGUCAAUUGGCAAUAUCUUUAUAAUAAAUCACAUGCUACAAUUCAUGUUUGCUGUUGUCGGCAUACAAUUGUUUAAGGGGAAAUUCUGUAGAUGCACAGAUAUAACUAAAGUCACAGCUGAACAAUGCCGAGGAGCGUAUUUAAUUUACGAAAAUGGCCGAUUACAAGUGCACGACCGUCAAUGGAUUAACAAUAAGUGGAACUUUGACAACGUUCUCAAUGGAAUGCUCACUUUAUUCACUGUUUCCACUUUUGAAGGUUGGCCUGGUUUACUAUCUACCUCGAUGGACUCCAACGAGGAGAAUCACGGUCCAGUGGAAAAUUCUAGACCCUUGGUUGCUUUUUUCUAUAUAAGCUACAUUAUUGUUAUUGCUUUCUUUAUGGUGAACAUUUUCGUGGGUUUCGUCAUAGUGACGUUCCAAAAGGAGGGUGAACAGGAAUUCAAGGAUUGUGAGCUCGACAAGAACCAGAGGAAUUGUAUUGAGUUCGCCUUGAAAGCGAAACCUGUUCGUAGAUACAUUCCAAAGCACCGAAUCCAGUACAAGACGUGGUGGUUCGUGACGUCACAAAGAUUCGAGUACGUCAUCUUCUUCUUCAUCGUCCUCAACACCAUCGCUCUUAUGAUGAAGUACCAUGAAGCCAACGCAGAUUACAAGAAGGUCUUAGAUUACUUGAACAUGAUUCUUACGACAGUUUUUAUGUUGGAGUUUGUGUUCAAAUUGUCAGCAUUCCGAUUUAAGAACUACUUUGGUGACGCGUGGAAUACAACGGAUUUUAUUCUAGUAGUCGGUAGUAUUAUAGACAUUGUUGUCACCCAGGUCAACGAAAAUAAACCAAUUAACGGCCUCCCGCAAGUAAGGGAAACUGAAGAGAGUUCCAAACUAAAUUUGAAAUACAUCGCCUUCUUCCGUCUGUUCCGUGCGAUGCGUCUCAUCAAGCUCCUCUCUCGAGGGGAACGCAUCAGAACCCUGCUGUGGACAUUCAUCAAGUCCUUCCAAGCGUUGCCCUACGUCGCCUUGCUGAUUGUUCUGCUGUUCUUCAUCUACGCUGUGGUCGGCAUGCAGUUAUUCGGCAAAAUAGAAGAAGGUGACGUCAUAACAGCAAAUAACAACUUUCAAACUUUUGGUGGAGCUCUGAUGGUGCUGUUCAGAUCAGCUACAGGUGAGGCAUGGCAAGAGAUAAUGAUGGCCCUGUCGCCCAACGAUGACGAGCGGCCGGGCGAGCUGCCGGGCUGCCUCAACGAGGAGUCCAACUCGACUGAUGCGGACGAGAAGAACUGCACCAGCAGGCUCGCCUACCCGUACUUCAUAUCCUUCUCACUGCUCUGCACGUUUCUGAUCAUCAACUUAUUCGUGGCAGUCAUCAUGGAUAACUUCGACUAUCUGACGAGAGAUUGGUCCAUUCUCGGACCGCACCAUUUAGAUGAGUUUGUGAGAUUGUGGAGUGAGUACGAUCCAGAUGCCAAAGGGAGGAUCAAACACUUGGACGUUGUAACACUUUUACGAAAAAUAAGUCCUCCAUUAGGGUUCGGCAAGCUAUGCCCUCAUCGAACGGCCUGCAAACGGCUGGUAUCUAUGAAUAUGCCGCUCAAUUCCGAUGGCACUGUCAACUUCAAUGCCACCCUAUUUGCUGUGGUACGGACACAGCUGCAAAUCAAAACAACGGGAGUAAUAGACGAAUGCAAUACGGAACUGCGUGCAAUCAUCAAGAAAAUCUGGAAGCGGACGUCACCGAAACUUCUAGACCAAGUAGUACCACCACCAGGAGAUCCAAACGAGAUCACCGUUGGGAAGUUCUACGCUACCUUCCUUAUACAGGACUACUUUAGAAGGAACCAUGCGUUCCGUAAGAAGAAAGAGCAAGAGGCGAUGAAGAACAACCAGAUGACGCUGCAGGCUGGUCUCCGAACCUUGCAUGAAGCUGGGCCAGAGUUGAAGAGAGCUAUAUCUGGAAAUCUUGAUGAAGUGGUUACAGAAAUGGUGGAGCCUGCCCAUAGGCGCAAUCACACAUUGUUCGGCGCUGUAUGGACAAGUAUCAAAAAAGGUCGCGAAAGCUUCUACCGUCCUCCCACACAUAAAAAACCAAAAGGUCCAAUAAAGAAUAGUCAAUCGUUGAGUGUGAUGAUGCAAAGGGAACUUGGCAUGGAUGGGAAGCUUCCACCAGAAGAUAAUGUUAGCAAGCAAGACGACGGCAACCAGAGCUCGGAUGACGAAGAGAUCGCGAUGCAGCCUCUACUGCAUGGGAAAGACUCCGAGAGGAUAUUCAAGGCGAUCGAACAAACGUCCAACGAUUUAAUGCAGAGUAUGAGAAAGAACUAUCGUGACAGGACGCCGAAACAGAACCACAACGUGCCUUACUGUGUAGAGAAUCCAGCAGAGAACCUUAUUACUCGUGUUCUGACGGAGCAAGGGCUGGGCAAGUAUUGUGACCGCGAGUUCGUGGCGAGCACGGCGCGCGAGAUGCAGGAGGCGCUCGACCUCACGCAGGAGGAAAUGGACACCGCUGCCAAUCAAAUUAUAUUGCAAGAGCGACAAAUGAACGCGUACAGACAUGCUGAUAUGGAAAGUAUACUGUCAAGGCAGUACCACCCUUUCCAUCAGCCACCUGUCCAGUCUCCGAGAAUGAAAUAACGGGAUAAUAUGUGUUUUUUGGUUCCCUAUUCCCACCUGUAUGGUUGACAACCAUACGGGUUGUACCCUUUUUGGGUUUUCACGCGCUUCGGCUUUGAGGCAAGAGGCGGGAAGUUUUUGUGGAUUAUUUUAAUUUGUUUGUUUAUCAAAAAUCAGUUUUGUGAAAGAAUAUUUUAUAAAAAAUUCAGAAGUCAAUCUUAAAUCCAAUGGGUCUUCAAAAAAGUUCAAUUUUAGUUUAGUUUAAAAAUUAAAUACAAAAUAUUAAUAAAAAAAAUUCACAAAACUGGUUUUGGAUUUUCGUAGUUUAGGAUUUAAAUUUAGGUAAACAAAUGAGAAUUUUGCAGUUCCAAUUUUAGUCUAUAAAUUAAUAUUUAAUUUGUGUCAUAAUUUUCAUAUUGUGCUAUAUAAUAUUUAUGAAAAUGUUUUGCAUGUUACCUACUGAGUUUAUUUUCUUUGUUAAUUAUUUUUAAUUAAAAACCCCAGUAUAAAUUGCUGAGAAAAUUACUUCAUUAAACAAAGUGCUUAGUAAAUUAUAAAAAUAUGACCAAAAUGUUAUUAGGAUGUUAUUUUAU